GCAGCGCGGGUGACAGCGGCGGCUGCGCGGCGCAGGCAGGCUGGAGAGCGGGGGCGAUGGGCGCCCCCAAGGGACACGGGAACCAGGCCCCGCAGGAGAUUGAAACCAGAGAAGAUGAAGAACAAAACAUCAAAUUGACUGAAAUUUUGGAGUUGCUGGUGGCAGCUGGGUAUUUCAGGGCAAGAAUCAAAGGGUUAUCACCCUUUGACAAGGUAGUUGGUGGCAUGACCUGGUGCAUCACUACUUGCAGCUUUGACAUUGAUGUUGAUCUGUUGUUUCAGGAAAACUCUACAAUUGGUCAGAAAAUUGCCUUAACAGAGAAAAUUGUGUCUGUCUUACCAAAAAUGAAGUGCCCCCAUCGUUUGGAGCCGCAUCAGAUCCAGGGACUGGAUUUCAUUCACAUAUUCCCUGUUGUACAGUGGCUGGUGAAACGUGCAAUAGAAACUAGAGAAGAAAUGGGAGACUAUAUCCGCUCCUACUCCAUAUCCCAGUUUCAGAAAACUCGUAGUCUACCAGAGGAUGAUGAGUUUAUGCAAAGGAAAGAGAAGGCUAUCAAAACAGUUACCAAUAUCUUUGAGGUUUAUAAACCCCAGAGAAAAUACAAACGUCAAGCUGGAGCAGAAGAGCUGCUGGAUGAGGAGUCUAAGGUUCACGCCACACUUUUGGAAUAUGGCAGAUUUACUGACUCUUUACUGAGGUAUGGAUUUAGCAGACAAGCAGGCAAAAUGGAGAAGGCUGAAGACAAGAAAAUGGUACUACCUACAGGACUUGCAGCAGCAGGAAAGGCUGAUGCCUAUGAUGAUGACGACCUUCAAGCUGCUGAAGAGCUUCGCAUUAAAACACUGAUGACUGGAAUGGCAGCAAUGGCAACAGAAGAGGGCAGGUUAACAGCUAGCACAGUAGGUCAGAUUGUUGGACUCCAAUCUGAUGAGAUCAAGCAGAUAGUGUCGGAGUAUGCUGAAAAGCAAUCUGAGCUUUCUUCUGAGGAGCGUCCAGAAAGACUCGGAGCUGCCCAGCAGCACCAAAGGAAAGUGGCAUCACUAAGCAAGCAAAUUUCGCAGAAAACCAAACUUUUGGAAGAGUUGCAAGCUAAAUGUGCUGACCUGCAAGCAGGCUGUAGUGAAGCAAAGAAGACAUUAACUGAGGUUAAGAGUUACAGUGAUAAAUUGGACAAGGAGCUGGCAGCCUUAGAAACGGUGGAAUCCCAAGCAGAUUCAAGCAUAUUGCAGAACCUACGAGCACUGGUGGCUAUGAACGAAAAUCUCAAAAGUCAAGAGCAAGAGUUCAGAGCUCAUUGUAGAGAAGAGAUGGCCCGCCUACAGCAAAACAUUGAGAGUUUGAAAGCCGAAGCAGAGGAAAAUGGGGAAGAAAAGGAACCUAAUAAGAUUAUAGACCAGCAAUACAAAACUGAAAAAGAUAAGCUUCAAAAGAUCAGACUAUUACUGGCCCGAAGAAAUAGAGAGAUAGCUAUUUUACAACGCAAGAUUGAUGAGGUACCCAGCAGAGCAGAGUUAACUCAGUAUCAGAAGAGAUUUAUCGAACUUUAUGGUCAGGUGUCAGCAACUCACAAAGAAACCAAGCAGUUCUUUACUCUCUAUAAUACAUUGGAUGAUAAGAAGAUAUAUUUGGAAAAAGAAGUUAACCUGCUGAACUCAAUUCAUGAUAAUUUCCAGCAAGCAAUGGCCUCUUCUGGUGCUCGUGAGCAGUUUCUGCGGCAGAUGGAACAGAUUGUAGAAGGAAUUAAACAGAAUCGAAUGAAGAUAGAAAAGAAGAAACAAGAAAACAAAAUGCGAAGAGACCAGUUAAAUGAUGAAUACCUGGAACUGCUAGAGAAACAGAGGCUUUACUUUAAAACGGUGAAAGAAUUUAAAGAGGAAUGCCGUAAGAAUGAAAUGCUGCUAUCUAAGCUGAAAGCCAGUUCUUCCUGAGGAACUCCUCUAGCCAGUGAAUUUUAUAAUUGAUUGUUCGGUCCAUAAAUUGAAUACUUUCUGUGGUAACAUUGAUAACUGCAAUGCCUAGAUAUAUGUAUAUUGCUAUGUCUUUUUUUUUCAAUCUGUAUUCCGUUCUGCAUUACUUUGUCCAGUGGCUGUUUGUUCCUGAUCACCUCCAUUACACAGUAAAGAGUUAAUGCAGUACAGUAAAUUAGGAAUGUUGUCUAAUUUUUAUUUAUUUGUUUUUCACAAUGAGGAAGAUAGGAUUAUUUUGUACUUUGGAUUUAAUACUGCACUAGUUCUAACUUCAGGACAAUAUAUAUAUGUAUUGUAAUUUUGUAACAUACUUGAAAAAAUAAAUCCAGACACCAUGACGAGAGUGUAGUAAAUAAGCAGUGAUUUGAUAAAUUUAGCCAAAAGUGAAACAGAGAAUUUGUUUUCACCUUUUUUCACCUGCUAAGAAGACAGAUUUUACUUCAGUUUUACAUUGUAGCCAUAGAUAAGAUUUCAGACAAUAAGAAAUGUGAAGCCUGGUGGUUAAGACUCAAGCAAAUGGAAUCUUAACUUGCAUAAUUCUCUAGUGUAAGAUUAUAGACUUCUAUAUUUUUAUUACAGCAAGUGUAGCUGUUGUAUACCACUUUCUUUGAAACUUCAGUAUUUAUGUAGAGGGGGAUUGCUAUUAACUAGUUAAUUCCAGACAAAUUAGAUCGUAAUCACUAAGAUCUUCAAGUAUCACUGGCUGGGUUGAAAAAUCCAUCUGUCAACACACAUUCUCUGUCAGCUGCAAUUUGGAAAGAUUAAGCCCCAGAUCUUCUGCUGGUGUAAACUGGUGUAGCUCCUUUGCAGUCAGUGAAGCUCUAAUUUACAUCAGAAGGAUUUGGCCCUGAAAACUUCAAAAACUUGUUGAACCUCCUUGUGAAUUUUUAUAGAACAUCUGUAUACAGUAUUUUAUAGUUUGGACAGCUUGUACACAACAGCAAGUUGUUUGGAUUAGACUUGCUAAUGUACAACACAUCCUCUUUUGCUAAAAAACCCAGGUUCUUCAUUGUGUUCAGUAACAUGGACAACAGUGCCAACAAAUUACUGUCUAUGGCAGGUGAAUGUGAAAUAAAAAUGUUUGGAACCCAGUGAUCUGCAGCUGUUAUAUUUGAGUCUCUUCUUUAGAAGCCUUAAUAGAUUUUUGAUUAAGAAUGCAUAAUGGCAUUCACUGACUUGUAUAAAUGUUUAUUCUUAAUAUCUCGCAUACUGAUAUUAUUCCAGUGUGCCUCUUCUGCACAUUAACCACCUGAGCUGCCACCUUUGUGUUGAGUUUUUUUCCUCUCUAUGGAAUUCAUAAAAACAAUAAAACUCCGCAGUAUAUGUAAGAAAGGCCUAUAUCAGGGUAGAUUACCUUUCAUGAUCAUCAGUGUGGGAUGCAGAAUUGUGAAUCUGUGUCACUGGAAGGAAUAUUUAUAAAGGCAUCACCAUAGAAGGCCUGAUCCAACUCCCAAUGAAGUCAGUAGCAGGAUUUGACCUUGGAAUCAAAGGCCACUGCACUGCAUUUAAAGUGAGAAAUCUGUGUAAUGUGGGGUGAGAAGUGGAAACUUAUGUGUAGCAAGGUCAUGGAAAUUCUGUCUGGUAAAUUGUUUUAAGCUCUUUCAAACCAUAGGAUACUAUGUUCAAUACCAUAUAUUGGCCCAUCAACAGGCUCCUGGAUGGGUUUAUCAGUCCAUCUUGAAAAUGUAUACACAGUAAAUCAGUGUCUUCUACAUUAUUCUUAAUGACAUAAGAAUCUUAACAGAUUAACAUUAAAAAUCUGAUCAAUCAGAAAGCUCAGCAACAAAACCAGUUUUCAGACACACAGAUAUGUAAAAUCUGUUAACUUCCAAAAUCAUGAGCUUUUUU